AUGGGCCACCACAACCGGGUUUUCCACGGCGACCGCUAUGCGCUCGAUGGCGCCUGGAGCCCGCCGACCAGCGCCGCCAACUUUUGCGAGGAAGAUUAUGCCGUCUCGCGCUAUGUUGCCGAAUUCAUAAACUCCAUCUCCAACUUGGCCUACAUCAUCCUCGCCCUCCAAUACAUGUACGGACCCGGCAGCCAAGGCCUCUGGAAGCCCCGAUGCGACUUCAUGUCCGUCUCCCUCUUCACCCUCGGGGUCGGCUCAUUCCUCUUCCACGCCUCCCUCCGCCAGAACCUGCAGUACGUCGACGACCUCUCCAUGCUCCUCGCCGCCUCCGCCAUGCUCCACGGCCUCUUCACCGUGCGCGCCACCCCGGCCCAGCGCUACCGCAACUCCGCCCUGCUCGCCCUCAUCGUCGGCGGCUUCUCCGCCUUUUACGUCUGGUCCGGCACCAUCAUCUACCACACCCUCGCCUUCGCCACCCAGAUCCUCGUCCUCACUUUUCGCUGCCUCUACCUUUUUCGUUGGCAGGAGCGCAAGUUCCCCGAGGACAAGGUGCGCUCCUGGAACACCCGCCGCUGGCAGGCUUCGGGCAUCUGCCUCGUCGGGUACAUCCUCUGGAACAUUGAUCUCGAGUUCUGCGCGCAGCUUCGCGCGUUCCGCGCCGGGAUUGGCCUCCCUUGGGCGUGGCUCUUUGAGCUGCACGGCUGGUGGCAUCUCUUGACCGCCAUUGGCGCGAACCACUUUAUCAAGGUCGUGAGGGAGAUUCGCGACGAGGAGGCCCGUGAAAAGGCGGCGCCCAGGCACAAGCAGGUCAAGUGA